UGUUUUAUUUUUUCUCUUAUGAACAAGCCUUGCAUUUUCAAGUGAAUCAUUUCUUGGGGAUUCGUCCUCAUUUUAUAAAUACGAACUUUGCAAUCUAUUUUCCUAAUUGCGGGAUCCUUCUGAAAGAAAAGGGUCCCUAUUGCUCCUCUCUGUCCUUGGCAGACACGGUGUGCCGUCACUCCUACUUUUCUAUCUUUUUUUUUUUGACUGCAUGCCGUAAAAUUUGACAUUUAUAUUUAAUUUUAAUUUCCUAUAAUUUAUUAUUCACUCGUAAAAGCAUUUUAUUUGUUUUUAGCUUCUUCAGUGAACCGCCAUACAAAUUUUCGAAAACACAGAUGGCGAGCUUCCUAAAUGCAAACCGGUUUCUACAACGGUCGUGCUUGCAUCCUAGCUUUCCCUUUAAGGCACCGCGUGGUUUUGGCAAAUGCACGACUAGGAAUCUAAAACAAUACUACACACCCGCUUCUGGACCGUAUCUUCGUGUUUCAAUGACAAAGGCCCCCCAAAGUUUGGGUCUGUGUUCUGCAAGAGGAGAUUCUCUUGAAAACCAGGAUCGCUUGUCCUUUGGAUACCUUGACAAGCUCAAAGCUCCCAUUCUUUUAAGUGACGAGGAACCUCAAUCACAGCCUCCGAAUUCAAACACUUCUUUGGAGACUAGUUCUGGUAAGGGAUCUGGACUAUUUAGCUCUUUCCCUAAUUUUGAUAGUCCCUUUGUUUACGGAAUUUUCGAUGGUCACGGAGGCAUCGAAUGUAGUGAAUUCUUGAGCACUCGCUUGGGGCAUAUUAUAGAACAGCAAGAUUUUUCACGCGUUGACGAGUUAUUAAAAGAAGCCCGUGCCUUAGGUGGCUACAUGUCUUCCUUAGAACCACCCUUCUCGUUGGCUUCUGUUUUGAAAUCUCGGGAUGAGGAUAUGAUUUGGAGAGCCAGACUGUAUUAUUCCUUUUUGGAAGCAGAUCUAAUCUAUCUAAAAGAAUACGCCAAACUUUCUCCUGACCGUGCUGUUCCAGGUGCCGUAGGAACGGUGGUCGUUCUUACAUCAAAAAACAACAAAUCGUAUUGGGAAAGCGAUAGCUAUACGAUUCAACUAGCUCAUGUUGGUGACACGCGAGCAAUUUUAUGUGAUUCCCGUACUGGACGAGCACAUCGCUUAACGUUUCAGCAUAAUCCUGCUGAUUUUGAAGAAUCACGAAGACUCCGCCGCUAUAAUCUCGGGUUUUCAAGUGACUCUUUUGGUGAGCGACGAUAUGCCUGGGUUGCGAAUACUCGAAGUUUUGGAGAUGGUCUGAAAUUGAAAAAGCUCGGUGUUGUUGCUGAACCACAACUCACAUCUAUCCAUUCCCUAAAAGAUGACUGGUCUUUUUUGACUCUGCUUUCGGACGGAGUUACCCAGGUGGUAUCGGAUGACGAAGUGGUGGACAUUAUCAAAUUGUCCGAGUCACCUCAGGACGCUGCAAAUAACAUUAUUAGAUAUGCUCAAAAUGUCGGCUCUGUAGAUGAUAUUACCUGUUUGGUAAUUCGGUUACCUGGUUGGAAAAAACGUACUAUGAAUGAUUUUACCAAAAAUCUCCGACUGGAAAAGUCUUUCUAUGUGCCAAGAAGGAAUUAAGCUAUGGCUCUUUUUUAUGAAACUGUUCAAUAAUUUUUUUCCCUUUCUCUCGUUUUAAUAUAUCUUUGAAUCUUUGAUUUCAAUCCUUCUUCAUAUCCUACAAGAAAGUCUUGCAUUUGUAUCAGCCAUAUAGGUUUCUAGUUAUUUUCUUUUUCUUUUUGGUUGCUGCUUCCUAAUAUCAUU